CACUCUUGGGAAUGAGCGUGUAGCAGACACAGGCACAGCUCAUGAUAUGCUUCCCCGACUUUAAAAACGAUACGCCAGACGUUUCAGCUGAAGCAAACCGAUUCAACUCUCUAUAGUCUGAAGGCUAUUCAUCAAGCUGUUGAAAUGUCUACGACCACUGUCUGCGAAGUCACUGGGCCAUCCUCGGCACUUUCGCUCGAUACGCGGGCUCCCAAGGAACCCUUUCUUCGCGACAUUCGAAAGUCCUUGGAGCUUCUCGACCUGAACUCAUGCGUUAUAUCGGGUCUGUCGCAGUCGCGCAAAACGAUUCCGUCACUUCUCCUCUGGGACGAGCAGGGGCUCAAAAACUUCAAUGAAUGGACCAACUGUCCUCACUACUAUCCCAAGUCAAAGGAGUUGGAGAUCCUCGAGACGCACAAAGACAGGAUGGCGGGCGCUCUACCUGAUAGGUCUGCGCUGGUCGAGCUGGGAUGUGGAAACCUUCACAAGACCGCAAUCAUACUCUCCGCCCUCGCUAGACAAGGCAAGAAGGUCCAAUACUAUGCCAUGGACGUCUCGGAAUCAGCGUUGCGCAGCAGCCUGCAGGCUCUGCAAGCAGAGUUCAAGCACUUCCCGGAUAUCAGUAUCUCCGGUCUUCUCGGCACGUAUGACGACUGCGUAGACUGGAUCGCCAACAACACCGCCAGUCUCCACACACGUUCAGUCACCUUUCUCUGGGUCGGCAAUAGUGUAGCAAACCUCUCCAAGACUGAAGCAAGCGACCUUAUGGGUCAGUUCCGCCAAGCCUGCGCUAUUGCAGGAAUGCACUGCCACUUUCUGGUUUCUGCGGACGCUUGUGCCGACGAGAGCAAGCUACUCAAAGCCUACAAUCCCGAAGGGGGGUUAUCGUCCCUCUUCCUCCGCUAUGGCCUGCUCCAUGUUAACAAGCUGCUCCGAGCGGAUCUGUUCAAAGACGUGGUUUGGAACUGCCUCCUCGAGUACGAUCGAGAGGAGAACGAGAUCCUGACUUUCUAUUCUCCCGAAAGCGAUGUCACAUUGUUGAGCGGUGCAACGUCAGUGACGGUACAUCAUGGGGAGAAGAUAUUCUUCUUCCGUAGUGGCAAAUGGAAUAGAGAACAAAUGAGCAUUAUUGCACAGCAGGGCGGGUUCCAAGUUUCGCAGGUAUGGAGGGACGCAAAACAGGAGUACGGUAAGCUGAGCCCAAAGGUAAAUCUUCAUGGUGGAUGAUGUGCAGCUACUGACGAAUUUCAGGUUUCUAUCUUCUAUCUUCAUAGCGACAUC